CGAGCCUGUGGAGUGGCCCGGAAAGUGGGGUUUCGCCGGCGGGCUGAGAGGAGCGGUAGAUUGGUGGCAGCGGCGACCUAGGGUUCCGGUGAGUGCAUCCAUGGCCUCCGAGGCGGCGCGACGGCGGCAGGAGGUGGCGGUGGAGGGGCAGCGGCACCUGGAGGAGACCAUCGCAGCCGCGUUCCAGAUCCUCGUAUCCAUGAACGACGAGCUCUGCAACGCCGGUCUCUGGUCCUCCUCUUCCGUAUCGGCAGCAGCAGCUGCUGCCGCUUCCGCUGGCUCCCAGCACCACCAAUCGGCUACUCCGCCGCCGCCACACUCUGCGGAUUCCGACGCUGCCGACGCAGGGGGCGCACCCGGCCCUGGCGGGUCGCUCGACGAGGCGAGGCACCGCUACAAGUCAGCCGUGGUGGCGCUGCGGGACUCCAUCUCUGCUGUGUCGUCCUGCCCUCAGGACAUUGGUUCAACAGAAUCUGAAGUUGACCAGGCGGAGAUUGAGAGAUUGGAAGAGCAUGCUUCUGCUUUAAGAAAGGAAAUUGAAAGCAAAAACAAGCAAGUAAAGCUCCUCAUGGAUCAGCUCCGUGACCUAAUAACUGACGUAGCCAUGUGGCAGAGCCCUUGCUCUGUGUGAAGUGUGAACUGUGAAGUGUCAAAGAGACCCUAGCUGGACGUCUGGUAAAGGCAUAUUGUGCAUGUUGGGUAACUGACUACUUGGCAGUUGGAAGGGAGAAAUAGAUGGGAUAUGACUGGGCUUCACGAAAAAAAACAUAAAGUUUUCCUCUCUAUACCAACUAAAAUUGUGUUGGGUCAUCGAUGCAAAUGCACAUAGGCUGUAAUAUGUUGGAUAUGAAUGUUAUUUUGGACGAGUGUAGAUACGCGUAUCCUUUG